UGAAAUGGUGGGGGUUGCUGCGAGUCGUCCAAACUCCAAAAAGGAUCCCACAUCCACAUGCUGCUGCUUACGAGCGGACACCUCCGAUCUCUCCCGAGAAUUGCCCUUUGUCUUCGACUUCACGCAGUCUCAAACUCAGUCUACCGGGAUGAAGGGGAGGAAGGAGGUUUAGGAGGAGAUUCAAAUUCAAUCAACUAAAUCUCUCUCCCUCUGCUUUUCUUCUCUUCUCUUCUCUUCCUCCACCAGCUCUCCUGCAUCACGAGAUUAACCAAAGAGAGGGGGGAGCUCUGCUUCCCUUCCCUAUGCUUCCAUUCGAUUUCCUCCCUUUCUCCAACUUUCAGACAGAAAGGAAGUGGAAGAAAGGAACAAAAAUGCCCUCUUCCCUCUUAGCUUUGCUGUUCGCUUUCUACCUUGUCACCGGAGUCACGUUGCAAGCCGCCUUCCUCGAGCUCCACCCACUCGGUUCCGACGGUUUCGACUCCGCCACAGUUCCUUCCUUCCCCGUCACCCAGGGCGACAACCAGAGCGUCUGCCACCUCGACCUCUCAGACGAGCUCUUCGGUGGGGUCAACGACGCCUGCGCCCGUGGCGGCCUCGGCCGGAGCCGUUGCUGCCCAGUGCUCGCCGCCUGGCUCUUCGCCGCGCACGCGCGCUACGCGCUCGAGCUCCGGGCGCCGCUGGAUGCUGCGCAAGGACUCGCCGGCGCGGACGGGCCGAUGAUGCCGGACGAUAACCAGAAGUGCGUGGACUCGUUGCAGAGCGCGCUAGAGCUGCGCGGCAUCCGCCUGCCGCGGGCCAACGCCACCUGCGACACCGUGCUCUGCUUCUGCGGCAUCCGGCUCCACCAGGUCGGGUCGCUUCGGUGCCCGGCCGCCUUUAAUGUCAGCGGCGGAAAGGAUCCACCGCGCAACGCCACGCCGACUGCAGCGGUACGGCAGCUGGAGCGCGACUGCCUGAACGCCUCGUACGCCGGCUGCACCCGGUGCUUGCGCUCCCUCGAGAAGUUGAAAGGGAACGGCGGCGGCGGCGGCGGCGGCGACGGCGACCGCAGCGAAAGCGGGAGCCGAACUGCGAGGAUGUUUGGCCGCGACUGCCAACUAAUGGGGUUGACGUGGCUGCUGGCCAGGAACCGGACGGCAUAUAUCCCCACGGCCUCCGCCGUCCUGCGCGCCGUUCUCUACAGCGCCCACCCUCCCCAUGGCGGAGAGUCGUCGGAUUACAAAUGCAGCCCGGACCAGGAGAACAUGCCGCUCGCCGUAGACUCCCUCCAAUUCCAGCAACUUGCCGACUCCGCUGCGGCACCGCCUCCUCCUCGUGCUUCGCCCGGAGCUUUAACUGUUGCACUUGUACUCUCUUCCACAUUUUUGCUGCCCAUUCCGCUCUAUCGGCUCCACUAGCUAGCUAUGAGCCGCAGUCGGCCGUGUUCACCUGUCUGCCCACCCAAUGACCCACUGUACAUCUUCUAUCCAAAGCUACUUUUCGGUUGCAUUUUUUUUUUUUUUUGGUGGCUGAAUUCUUCCACUCUAAUCUGUCUGUUUUUGUCCUCCUCCUCCACAAUAUAAUAUAUUGUGGUGUUUUAUGGAGUCCUUUAGCUUUUCUUUA